AUGAAUUCUUCUGCGCGUAAAAGCAAGAAAAAUUGUUUCCCGAUUUGGUUGUGGAAGCCGAAAAGAUACGAAUAUGAAUCGCCGGUCAGCAAGAUGGACUAUCCGUGCUGUUGCUCGUGUAUAUCGGCAUAUAUGGCUUUUGGCAUCUAUCACUAUUUUCAAUUGAUCCUCUUAUUCUUGAAAAUCGCCGGUGCUCUCACCACCAACAAAAAGGAACCCAUCUUGAGCAUUAUCGUUCUUUCAUAUCUCGUUUACGAUGUCUUCGUGACACUGAUUGCCAUCUCUGCUUUUCACUCACUCAAACCAUUCUUCAUUCAACUCUAUCUCAUCUUGGGGGUACCUACAAUAUUUUUGGGUCUCGUUUUGAUUGGUUAUCUCUCAUUCCACACGCAUGGUGUUGAUUUCACCCUCACCGGUUACAUUAUCCGAGCAGUGGCCUUUGUUUUGGUUGUUUUUCAUAUGAUCUUCAAUUGCUAUGGAUAUUUGAGAGAUCGUCAACUCGAGAUCGAGUACCAAGCCGAACAAGGGAUCAUCCUCGAUGUUGUCAACGUCAAACGAAACUCCCGAAAUCGAAAG